UCUCCCAUUAGGCUAGGCAUGGCCGAGCACACAUUCAAAGAGACACAGAAGAUCAUCCAUGCCUACUGAUUUAAUUUGUGUGGCUGAUUAAUAUUGAUAAGUUAAGCAGAUAAUAGAUAAACAGGAGAAGGAAGAUGCUCUAAGAGAGAAAGAGUAGAGAGAUGUCAUCCACAACUGGCAAGGAAGAUGCUGUUCUUGAGUACCCUCCAAAAGAGCUUGAUGCUGGAGCUUUGUUUGUACUCAAAUCCAGAGGGUCAUGGCUGCACUGUGGAUACCAUUUGACGACAUCUAUCGUCGCUCCGUCGCUUCUGAGUCUUCCCUUUGCAUUGGCGUUGCAAGGUUGGGUUGGGGGAGUUCUUUCCCUCAUCCUUGUAGGUUUGCUGACCUUCUAUUCAUAUAAUCUUCUAUCUCUGGUUUUGGAGCACCAUGCACAACUCGGUCGCCGCCAACUUCGGUUUCGUGACAUGGCCGGAGAUAUUUUAGUACCACGAUGGGGGAAGUAUGUUGUUGGGCCACUUCAAUUUGGGAUAUGCUAUGGCGCAGUUAUUGCUGGUGUUCUUCUUGGAGGGCAGAGCCUCAAGGAAAUUAAAAUUUAAACAGCUUAAUUCCUUAAA